AUGGCUGGAAAGGGGAAGCGGUCCAUGCCUGAUAACAUGUCGGGUCAAUCGUCUAAGAAAAGAAAGGUUUGCAAUCUUGGCUGCAACAAAGGAGGAAUUGAGGGUGGGGAUUGGGGAGUAUUUGUGACAUGCGAUAUCGGAAAAGAGUCCAAGUGCAUGUCGGAGGCUGUGGAUUUGUUCACUCAAGUGCGUAAACCCCUCCCAUCCAGCCUUGAUGCCGAUGAUGAAGACAAGUCCGAUGACGAAGACGAAGAUGAUAUCGAGGCGAUGAUCAAAAAGGAGGUUGAAGGACUAAAACCAAGCCAAGCCAAGUCUCGUCCAUUCCAAGCCAUUCGAAUGGACUUACCAUGUCUAUCUUUCAUUCGAUUCGACAAAUCCAUUGAUCCAGAGGAACUGGUACAUCAAUUAUGCCUUGAUGCACACGCUCACCCGGAAAAGAAGCGCUCCCGUUACAUCCAACGCAUGACUCCAGUGAAAUCUGUUCGAAAGACACUCAGUGUAGAACUCGAAUCCUUUGCGCGCGAAAUGCUCAAGCCUCAUUUUCACUCCGGAGGUCCUCUCAAGAAGUACGCCAUCCGACCAGUUGUACGAAGCAACAAGAAAUUCAGCAGAGACUCAGUCAUCAAGACAGUCGCCGACGUGGUUGGUCCCGAACACCCCGUUGACCUUAAGAACUACGAUACACUUAUCAAUGUCAUAGUCAUCCAGAAUGUAAUCGGUAUCGGUGUUGCGGGAAGUGACUAUGAGCAACUGAAAAAGUACAAUUUGGCGGAAUUAUAUACUCCAACUUCAGCAGAGCAGGCUGCCCAGCCCUCUGACGUCUAA